AUGGUUUCACAAGAUCACCAACAACUCUCUUUGAUUGUUAUUUGUGAAAGCAUCUUACAAAUGGUAACAGCGGAUCCCACAAUAUUAGUUUCAAUAUUGAUUGCACAUAUACGAUCUCGGUACACAUAUACCACUACUUAUAGAAAGACAUGGAUUGCAAAACAAAAGGCCAUUGAGAGAAUAUACGACAAUUGGGACGAAUCAUAUAAAGAGCUUUUAAGGUGGAUUCUUGCUUUCAAACAUUAUCUUUCAGGCACUGUUACCAAUAUUGAAGUGGGGACCUUUAUUGAGGAUGGCCAACGAGUUCCUAGCAAAGUUGUCUUUCAUCGCCACUUUUGGAGUUUCCAACCAUGUAUCAAAGGGUUUGAUCAUUGUAAACUAGUUGUUUCAGUUGUUGGAGCAUGGUUAUAUGGGAAGUAUCGUGGGACAUUACUAAUGGCAAUCGCUCAUGAUGGUGAUGGUCAUACCAUUCCUAUAGCAUACUCCAUUAUUGAGGGUGAAACAUCAGAUGCUUGGUUUUUCUUCCUCGGUCGUCUACAAAUUUUUGUCACACCUCAACCCACCAUUUGCUUGAUUUCAGAUAGACAUGAGUCGAUUAAAAGUGUUGUUAAGCGUGUAAACAACAAUUGGCAUAAUGUCUUUUGCGUUCGACAUAUAUCACAAAACUUCAUGAGGACCUUCAAAAAUGGGCUAAUGAAAAAUAUUGUAAUCUACAUGGGUUAG